GAGAAUUUCCCCCAUCUCCCCAUUUUAUGGUGAUCCACAGUAUUUAUUAUUUAACUAAUUUCUCUCCGUCUCUCCCUGUAAUGCAAGUGGGCAUUUUUCUCACAAUCAUAUCGCGUUGAGAAAGGUUGCCGAAAAUGAUGGGACGUUGUUGUUUUCGUGCGUUCUACUGAAGAUACGUUGGGAUUAAAGAUGUCGGAGGGUGAAUCGCCAGAGUCGGCCCAAAUUGAGGAUGAUCCGUCCAUUCGCCAAUUUGUUGCCAAUGGGGUUUCCAUGAAAACAAAUGAGGUCGAAGCUAAGCUCAACGAGGGAAAUAUUCAAGAGGCUGAGUCUGCAUUGAGGGAUGGUUUAUCGCUAAAUUUCGAGGAAGCACGAGCUCUUCUUGGGAAGUUAGAAUAUCAGCGAGGAAAUGUCGAAGGUGCUUUACGGGUGUUUGACGGCAUUGAUCUUCAAGCAGCCGUACAACGUAUGCAACAUGCAUUAGGUGAUAAACAGCCAUCCAAAAAGGGCCGUUCUCGCAGUGAAUCAGUAUCUGGUGUGUCACAGGGCGCUACUAACCUUGUGCUCGAGGCCAUAUAUUUGAAAGCCAAGUCUCUUCAGAAGCUCGGAAAAUCAGCCGAGGCUGCUCAAGAAUGCAAAAGUGUGCUUGAUGCAGUAGAAAAGAUAUUCGCCAAUGGUAUACCUGAUGUGAUGGUCGAGAAUAAGCUUCAGGAAACUGUUAGCCACGCUGUUGAGCUUCUCCCAGAGCUUUGGAAGCAAGCGGGACGCUAUUCAGAAGCAAUGUCCGCAUACCGCCGGGCCCUACUUAGUCAAUGGAACCUUGAUAAUGAAUGUUGUGCAAGAAUUCAGAAAGCAUUUGCAGUCUUCUUGCUAUAUAGUGGGGUUGAGGUUGGCCCACCCAGUUUAGCUUCCCAAGUAGAUAGUUCGUAUGUUCCCAAAACCAAUCUGGAAGAGGCCAUACUACUUUUGAUGAUUCUUAUGAGAAAGUUUAGCCUCGGUAAGAGCAAAUGGGACCCAUCCGUGCUAGAGCACCUUACUUACGCUUUAUCUCUAUGUAGCCAAACCUCAGUUUUAGUAAAGGAGCUUGAAGAGGUAAUGCCUGGAGAGAUACAUCGCAUAGAAAGAUGGAAGGCCAUGGCACUGUCCUUGAGUGGAGCUGGACAGAAUAAUUCUGCCUUAGAUUUGCUUAGGAAGUCUCUGAACAAGCAUGAGGACCCAAAUGAUAUUAUGUCAUUACUGCUGGCAGCCAAGAUUUACAGUGAGAAUGUAUUCCUUGCUGCCGAGGGAGUGAAAUAUGCACGUAAUGCAAUUGCUAAUGCGGAAGGACCAAACGCCCAUUUAAAAGGAGCUGGCCUACGUAUGUUGGGCCUCUGCUUAGGAAAGCAAGCGAAAAUUUCUUCGUCGGACUUCGAGAGAUCUCGUCUUCAGACGGAAGCUCUGAAGUCAUUGGACACUGCAUUAGCUCUGGAGCCUGAGAAUUCAGAGCUGAUAUUCGAGCUAGGAAUUCAAUAUGCCGAGCACCGAAAUCUGGAUGCAGCUUUACGGUAUGCGAAGCAAUAUAUAGAUGCAACGGGAGGGUCAAUGAUAAAGGGCUGGAGACUUCUUGCUUUGGUUUUAUCUGCCCAGCAACGCUUUUCGGAGGCAGAAGUGGUUACUGAUGCAGCUUUAGAUGAAACUUCAAAGUGGGACCAAGGACCACUCCUUAGGAUGAAAGCAAAGAUAAAAAUCUCGCAGUCUCUGCACAAGGAUGCUAUUGAGACUUAUCGUUAUCUUCUUGCUUUGGUACAAGCACAAAGAAAAUCUCAUGGACCUCUAGCUUCCCAGGUGGAGGAUGGUAAUGUAAAUGAAUAUGAAGUUUGGCAUGGACUAGCUCAAUUGUACUCGAUUCUUUCUCAUUGGAAGGAUGCGGAGAUAUGUUUGACAAAAGCUAGAUCGCUAAAAGAGUAUUCAGCUGAAAUACUUCAUGCAGAAGGUGCUAUGCAUGAAAAACAAGGGCAAAUUAAUGAAGCUUUGUCGGCUUACAUCAAUGCCCUUUUGUUGGAACCGAAAUAUGUGCCUUGCAAGAUUCUGAUUGGGUCUGCACUGUCUAAGAUGGGGACAAAGAUGUUGCCCGUGGCCCGAACUCUGCUUUCGGAUGCUUUGAGGCUCGAGCCCACUAAUCACAUGGCGUGGUACCAGCUAGGCAUGGUUCACAAGGAUGAUGGGAGAUUAGCCGAUGCUGCUGACUGUUUUCAGGCGGCCUCCAUGCUUGAAGAGUCGCAACCGAUUGAGAGUUUCAGCACAAUUUGUUGAACUUUUUGUGUUAACUNUUUAUGAGUAUCAUCUUUCUUAUCCUGCUCAUCUUUUGUCCUUGAUUUUC